GCUCACACAUUUUCGAUUUCUGAUUUCCGAUGUUAUUAUCUUUCCAUUAAGAAGCAUCUCAAAAUAUCUAAUAUCCAUUGAGAGAGACUAACUUCUAGUCAAACGAAACCAUUUAUCUACAAGAAUAGGAUUUUGUUCCUCCUCAAACCCUAAAAUUUUGCAGCAAUGGGCAAGACAAGUACAAGGUCCAAUUCAAAGCCCGACCGCAAGUUUGAAAAAAAGCUUCAAUUUUAUACAAAGGUGAAAGAUGCUGUUUCUUCCUUGAGUGCCCAAAAGUCUAUUGGUAAGAGCAAACAACAGAGGCGGCAGAACAAAUUGAAGACAUAUAACCUAUCUUCACUUUUAGAGUCCCUUCCUGAGUUGAAGACAUCACCGAAACCAGGUCGUGAGGAUGACUUCAAACUUAAUUGCAAAUCUAGGCAGAAGCUAGUAUUGAAGGAAGGAAAUCGAUUGUCUGCGGUUCUAAAGGAUCCUAACUUUCGAGCAGAUCCCCUGUCUGCCAUUUAUCAAUACCUACAGAACACACAACCAAUUGUUGAGGAACAACCCAAGAAAAAAGUGAACAAAAAUGGAUCCAAGAAGAAGAAGAAAUCGAAAGCCUCAACUGGACAACAGUCUAUGGAAAUGUAGUGUCUUUGUAUGGCUAUUGUAAUGAUCCGCAAUUUUCAAGAUAUUUCCAUGAUUCUAUUUUUUUCCAGAAAGCACUAAAUUACUCUAAUUAUG